AUGAAGACGAUUUCAUUGCUUUUGAUAUUAUGCUUUGUGGCAAUUCCAUCGAUUUGUAAUGCAGAACAGUCCAAUGAUUAUUUCGAAGAAACCACAACAGAAGUCAAGGAAUCUGUUGAAGAGACAGUUGAAGAUAGCAUUUUUAUGCUUGGUGGACUUUGUGCUGUUGCAAUAAUCUUGUUUAUCAUAUUUGCCUGUGUCUCAUUCUGGAUUGGUUGCGCUUUCCUAAAAUGUGGAUUCUCCUUAAAUCAACAAUAUGAAUCUGUAUAA